AUGCCUAUCAACAUAAUGGAAGACGAUACUGCACCCGUUGUUAUUGACAACGGUUCAGGGAUGUGCAAGGUGGGCUUUGCUGGGGAUGACGCCCCGAGGGCCGUUUUUCCCGCCAUCACAGGAAGACCCAGAUAUGAUAUUGUAAUGGCGCAAAUGGGAGUCAAAGAUUGUUACAUCGGCGACGAGGCACAGAACCACAGAGGUGUGUUGUCUCUGGAUUAUCCUUUGGAGCACGGAAUCGUCACCAACUGGGACGACAUGGAAAAGAUCUGGCACCACACUUUCUACAAAGAGCUGCGGGUGGCACCCGAGAACCACCCGGUGAUACUAACGGAAGCGCCACUCAACCCAAAAAUCAACCGCGAGAGAAUGACCCAGAUCAUGUUUGAGACAUUCAAUGUUCCAGGGUUUUACGUCAGCAUCCAAGCAGUUCUUUCUCUGUAUGGCUCUGGAAAAACUACUGGGAUCGUGUUCGAUUCGGGAGAUGGAGUUUCCCAUAUAGUUCCAAUAUACGAAGGCUACGCGCUUCCCCAUGCCAUAAAGCGAGUUGAUUUAGCGGGUAGAGAUUUGACCAAAUAUUUACAAAGAAUACUUCAUGAACGUGGAUACAACUUCGAUAACUCAGCUGAACAUGAAAUCGUUCGUGACAUCAAAGAGAAUCUGUGUUGUGUGGCUCUGGAUUUUGAACACGAGCUCUUUGCCUCAGCACAAUCAUCCGCCCUAGAAAAAUCGUACGAACUUCCGGACGGACAAGUUAUCACCAUUGGAAACGAACGCUUCCGAGGUCCGGAAGUAUUAUUUCAACCAGCAUUUUCAGGUUGCGAAUGCAGUGGUAUCCAUGAACAAAUCCACAACUCUAUUAUGGGAUGUGACAUCGACACAGGGUUUUACGUCAGCAUCCAAGCAGUUCUUUCUCUCUAUGGCUCUGGAAAAACUACCGGGAUCGUGUUCGAUUCGGGAGAUGGAGUUUCCCAUAUAGUUCCAAUAUACGAAGGCUACGCGCUUCCCCAUGCCAUAAAGCGAGUUGAUUUAGCGGGUAGAGAUUUGACCAAAUAUUUACAAAGAAUACUUCAUGAACGUGGAUACAACUUCGAUAACUCAGCUGAACAUGAAAUCGUUCGUGACAUCAAAGAGAAUCUGUGUUAUGUGGCUCUGGAUUUUGAACACGAGCUCUUUGCCUCAGCACAAUCAUCCGCCCUAGAAAAAUCGUACGAACUUCCGGACGGACAAGUUAUCACUAUUGGAAACGAACGCUUUCGAGGUCCGGAAGUAUUAUUCCAACCAGCAUUUUCAGGUCGCGAAUGCAGUGGUAUCCAUGAACAAAUCCACAACUCUAUUAUGGGAUGUGACAUCGACAUCCGGAGAGACAUGUACAGUAACAUUGUUCUUUCCGGGGGAUCCACCAUGUUUCCGGGUAUAAAAGACAGACUGACUAAGGAGCUAACAGCCAUCUCACCAAGUUCAGCUAAAGUUAAGAUCAACGCUGCGCCUGAGCGGAAGUACUCGGUUUGGAUAGGCGGAUCAAUCUUGGGUUCUCUCUCCACCUUCCAACAAAUGUGGAUCACCAAACAGGAGUACGACGAAUGCGGGCCCGGAAUCGUUCACCGGAAGUGCUUUUGAUUUUACUAUUUCUUUAU